CUCCAAUCAGAUCCGCCAGCCGUGUUCUAUUUGUUAGCGACCGUAAAAUCACAAACACGGUCUAACUGUUCGUACGACCGCCAUUUGCUUCCUCGAGAUUUUCAAAUUCCGCCAACCAGAUAUGAAAAACAAUUAUUCGUUCGUCACUACUAUUGUUAGCACUGAAAAGAUAAGAAGACGCGAAGAAAGGUGGUUGUUUCUACUCUAAACGGCGUAGAGAUGCAGAAUUGUUGAAGUUUGAUGAAGCAAAGGGAUUGCUACGGCUCCGAAAAAGACGAGAAUUUUACGGGAAAACUUCACAGUUUUUCGGGUUUGAAAAACAAAAUAAAACUUCAAAGCAAGCCAAAUGCAAGAAAAACUUAUAGAAUUGUACACAAGCAUGUAAGCGAAUUAGUUGUAGUUAUCAUCAAAUUGUUUUAAUUAAUGGAUUUUUGUCCGAGGCCGGUGUAUAUUUAAAAUAUGUCGUCGCAUUUGAGUGAAAUCCAGCAAAGUCUCGCCAAGAUGGAUGGAAGCUAUGGGCAAGCGAAACGUGAUCUUGUGAUGCGAUUCGUGAGAGAUCAAGAAACAUUACAGACGUCGCAAGUCGAUCUUAAACUCGUCGACGACGAAACGAUUGAUUUAAUUGAUUCCGCUCCAGUUGCUAACGAAGACGACGCAACGUGGAACUCGAAUCUUGUAGGAAGGGAAUGCUCUCUGGAUAGCGGUGUUUCGAGGAUAAGGCUCGAAGGAGCCGAGGAAACUCGAGGAAAUACCUCUCCCGAACCACCGAUUGCUCCACGACCACCUUCCGGACGUCCACAGUCUAGACGGCGGAAGAAAUCGGCAACUAACGAGUUACGAGUUAGGCGAAAAAGCUCGCAUCAUAAAUACACUGAGGAUGCAUCCAGGCUUACGGGCUUGCCGACACACAGAAUAUCAAGUUAUAAGAGAGAUUCACCUCUUGCGCUGCAGCCGAGUUUAGGGGAAUUUGAGCCAGCUUCGCUAAAUUCGUCAUGGCCACAAGAAUUCCUGAACCGUAAAUUCUUCACUGGGUCCCAAUUUGAAAAGUACACGAUUGGACAAACCGAGGUUAAUAAUAAUGAUACAAGAGCUGAACAGUUCUACUCUGUUGACGCUCGACCGAUGUCGACGCAGGGUGCCCGGGAGAGUAUGUCUCGCGAAAUGCUCGCUGCUCGUGUUCGGAAACACUCGGCCAACGACUCCGCCCGAAUUUCGUGCGACAUCAAGCCGAUCACAGGAGCGCGAAAGACUCGGAUCCACAGCCCGACUAAGUCCGGAGGGUCCCGAAGCCGAACGGUAUUUAAUUUUGGUUUUAAUGGAGGUCUUGAGCUAGAGCCUGUUCAUCCGACCGAUUUGUCGAUGUUGAGAGUGUCUUCGGCUUCCGGUUCCGGUGGAGGUCCGUACUCUCUCGUUCAGCUCCCUCCGAUCGCAAGAGAACCCGCACCUGCAGCCUCGCCUCCGUUCAGUUAGGUGGUAAACUAUGUACAUAUGCCCCUGAUAAUAGGCUAUUUGGCGGGAAAAUAUGUACGUGUAUUACCCCUUACCUGGCUAAUUGGCGGGAAAUAUGUACGUUUAUUACCCCUUACCAGGCUAAUUGGCGGGAAAUAUGUACGUUUAUUACCCCUUACCAGGCUAUUUGGCGGGAAAUAUGUACGUGUAUUACCCCUUACCAGGCUAUUUGGCGGGAAAUAUGUACGUGUAUAACCCCUUACCAGGCUAUUUGGCGGGAAAUAUGUACGUGUAUAACCCCUUACCAGGCUAUUUGGCGGGAAAUUAGUACGUGUAUUACCCCUUACCAGGCUAUUUGGCGGGAAAUAUGUACGUGUAUAACCCCUUACCAGGCUAUUUGGCGGGAAAUAUGUACGUGUAUUACCCCUUACCAGGCUAUUUGGCGGGAAAUAUGUACGUGUAUUACCCCUUACCAGGCUAUUUGGCGGGAAAUAUGUACGUGUAUUACCCCUUACCAGGCUAUUUGGCGGGAAAUAUGUACAUGAUAAAGAACACUACAUGGCUGUAACGGGUAACCAAUGUCACUCUCCUUCCAAUGCGAGGUUAAUCAAUGCACUGGCAACUGUUCGCGCGAGCGCAAGUGAAAAGGCUAGUUUGAAUUCCACUAUGCCUGCUGUGCAGACAGACUAAGGGCGCAUAAAUACAGUGCAAGCCUCGGUUUUAAACAAAUUCUAUGAGCAUUGCGAAAACUUGUGAAAUUCUUCUUCGCUGCUAUUUUGAAACGGUUUGCCCGAGGCUUGCACUGUCCCUAUUGCUUUUCUCCAGCGGGCACAAUGGAGUUCCAAAUUACUAAGAAAAACAUUAACAUGGAGGCAGUGUCUGUUGUGACAGCCUAGUAAUGGAAACUGUGAGAAGAGACCGUCAGUGUAUAUAAAUGUAGAUAAGAUACCUUAUAAUAUAUAAUAGAUAAGAAACCGUAAGAUAUCUCCUGUUAAGGUUUGUUAAUGUCUCAGUUGUGUAAUUUUUUAUUCCUUAUUUAUUGCAACUCGAUAAAAGAUUAAAAAUAAAGGCGUGUUCUGCUGAUUGGACCUGAGAGCCAAAUGAGCAAAAUUAAUGAAAAA